ACGAGGGCACCGUCCGCCUCACUUACCAGACAUACCAUACUGUUCAUAGUACACGUAUCAGGCAAACGAGUACGGACUGCCUGACAAAAAAAGUAGAAAAGCGUCCGUUCUCAAUUCUCAAGGAGAGCCAAAUAGACAGCGCGCGCUCGGGAUGCUAAAGUCGCCUUUUUGUCUCUAAUCACGGGGACACGCAACGACCUCUGGGUUUGACAUUCGGCGCCAGUGAUUUUUAAACGAAGUAGCAUAUACGUAUUUUGGAAUAAGUGCAUUCAGUUGGAAAGUGGAUGACAAUGGGUGAGACAAAGGGCUCUACCCAUCGACGGCUGUUCUGGGGCACCGCAUAGCUUUCUGCGCUCUGGACAGCCUCAUUUCUAUCAACAAAUAUGACGCGCUCCUUUAUUUAUUUCCACACUAUGUGGACAUCCAGAGAACUGCUUGAGAGUUGCAGGUGACGAAUAUAUUUUUUUAUUAUUGAAUUAAUAAGUGGCGCGCGCCUGUCUCGCGCAGGUGGAUUCAAUGAAGAGGUACUGGACAAGGCAAGAGGAACCCGCUUAAAACUGGACGUUAAAAGAUUUUUAUAUAAAUUACUUUUAGAAUUACUCCGUUUCUAUUUGUAAAUAGGCAUGGAUUGGAUACAACCACUUUCUCUGGACUACAGUUAAUUCAUUUUCACAUCACUUUCACUUGAAAAGCUAUUGUCGCGUGGUUAUUCUUCAUCGCAUCGAUUUUCGUCGCGUGGAAGAAUGCCCGAGGACUUCUCCGCGGCACAAGCCCUCUACAUGGGCAUGGAGGUGGUGAUCGCCGUAUCUUCUGUAUUAGGGAACGUGAUGGUGGUCUGGGCGGUAAAAAUUAACAGAUCUCUGAGGGACACGACGUUUUGCUUCAUUGUUUCUCUGGCACUCGCCGACAUCGCAGUAGGAGCGUUGGUCAUACCCUUGGCGAUAACUAUAAGCAUCGGACUUCAAACUCACUUCUACAGUUGUUUGCUGGUGGCUUGCACAGUGCUGGUUCUGACCCAAAGUUCAAUCCUUGCCUUGCUUGCUAUUGCCAUUGAUCGAUACCUUAGAGUCAAGAUCCCAACCAGUUAUAAGCGUGUGGUAACUCCAAAACGAGCCAGAAUAGCAGUAUUUGUGUGCUGGAUGGUGGCCUUCAUAGUCGGCUUGACUCCCAUGCUGGGCUGGAACAAUUUAAGUAACCUGCGACAUAAAAACGGCUCAAUCAGCCCUGACCUCAUUGUGACCUGCAAAUUUGAGAACAUCAUCAGUAUGGAAUACAUGGUCUACUUCAACUUUUUUGGCUGGGUGCUGCCCCCUCUGCUCUUUAUGGUCAUCAUUUACUCCGAGAUCUUCUACAUGAUCCACAAGCAGUUGAAUAAGAAGGUGAGCAGCCACGCAGAACCGAACAAGUAUUACGACAAAGAACUGAAGCUAGCAAAAUCUCUGGCGUUAGUGCUUUUUCUAUUCGCCAUCAGCUGGCUUCCCCUGCACAUCCUGAACUGCAUCACGCUCUUCUGUCCGAAAUGCGAAAACCCCAAGUUCCUCCUUUACAUCGCCAUUCUGCUCACGCACGGCAACUCCGCCGUCAACCCCAUCGUUUACGCUUUCCGUAUCAAGAGGUUUCGUACCGCGUUCCAUAGGAUCUGGAAGCAGUACUUCUGUUGCAAGGAUGCCCCGCCCCCUGAGACCUAUCACAGCGAGAGACUGGAUAACAACCACUACAUCGGGGUCGCUGCUCCUCCUGAACUUAAUUUGGAACAUAACGUCUGACCAACAUCACAGCAUGCUCUGAGGAGGCCUUAUGGGUUCAGUCGUGGUGUGUUUGUAUUGAAUGUAAAUCAGAGAUGACACCAUAAACCCUGGGGUUAAAAUGUAAAGACACAGCAUUGUUUUACAAAGACCACAAAUGGCCAGACAAGUGAGUUGGAUCACUUAAGAGAAAGGAACCUACAGAAAAUCGAGCUUUAUGAAGCCGCCUUGAAGAACAUUUCAGGAUGUUCGUAAAAGAACAUCUCAGUGAUUUUUUUUUAUGAUUUAGACAGCACUGUUAUUCUUUUCACAAUUUAGGUAUUCAAAAUUGUGCAAUAUGAUAUUAAAACAUGACAAUUAAUAUGGAGAGAUCUUAUCACCAGUAACUAGUCCAAUCUGAAUGUAUACAGUAUCACAGCACACUCUCAGGUUCUCAGCUAUUCUGCUUGUAUUCUGAACCUUUGUGCACAACUACGGGAUGAGGAUGUCAUAAACAGUGACAGGAAUCAGGAGGUACAAAAGUACAUAUACUGCUGGCAGCUGAAACUGGAUUUUACUCACAGUCGAAGUGAGUUUUUUUUUGCCUGUUAGCAAAACUGUGUGUGUGUGUACAGUAUGUGUGUGUAUACAGUAUGUGAGGGAUUGAAUGUAUGUCACAGAACGAAUGGACCUGUGAGAGGAAAUGAAGCAAAUGUUCACUAAAUAUUCCUGUUAAUCUUUUUAUGUGGUGACAAGAAAUAGCCAAAACGAACUUUCUGUUUAUUAUUUAAGAUAUUUAGUGAUGUAUUAAAACCACUGAUCUAUUUAAAUGACUGGAUUGCGCAUGACAUCACAAUUGUGAAGCCACCGCGCCGCCAUGUUGGUAUGCCCAAACAUUCUAUUAAAUCAAUGGACGUAAUACUUAAACUUUACUAGUCUCCGUAUUUAUAUCUGAAGUAUCCCUGUACAUUAUUAUAACGCAAAUGUCUUUACCAUGUACAUAUUAUUUACUGACAUUGUACAUUCUGUUUUUUAAUCAGUUAUUAAACAUUCAUCUUUAUAACAGUAUCAGAUCAGCAGACAGACCGCAGCAUAUUUAGUAUUAAUAACAACAUGCUCAUUCUGAAAUCUAAAUAAAUAAUCAUGCUUUGUACCGGAUAUGCAUGCAAUAAUUUGCUGGUUUUGUAAUUAUGUUAUCUUUACAAGUUACCUAAACUUAUUCAGAGAAAUAACGCUGAUCAUGUAGCGUACUGUCAAAAAACUUUUUAUACCCGUGUCAUUAACAGAAUGCAGCAGACACACUCACCUUAACGGUUUUUUAUAAAUCCCUUAUCCUGUCUGAUUAAAACAUAAACAUUGCAAAUAACACCAAAAUUAAAUGGAUAGUUCGGCCAAAAAUGAUAUUAAACCCAUGAUUUACUCACCCCCAAGCUGUCCGAGUUGCAUAUGUCCAUCGUUUUUCAGACAAACACAUUUUCGGAUGUUGUCUGUG